AUGCUGACAAGGUCACAAGUCCAACAACACCGUACCAGGAAGAGCUGUUGGGUAAUCAUAGGUCAAACAGUCUAUGAUAUUACUGAUUUCUUAGACGAGCAUCCAGGAGGAGCCGGAAUUCUACUUCAAUAUGCUGGAAGUGACGCAAGUGAAGCAUUCGAGUCAAUACACCAAGCCGACAUUCUUACCCGAUAUCUCAGUCAAAAGUACGCUCGACACUAA